AUGUAUUAUAUUAGACACAAGAAAUUUAUUACAAUCUUUAAUAUUAUAAGAAGCAUGGCUACCUUUAAAAGAUUUUAUCGGAAAACAAAUAUAUUGUUCAGUGAUGGAAAAUUUGAAAUAACACUUGAUCAAAGAAAACUCAAAACACCACAAGGAAAGAUAUUUCAAGUGGAUAGUAAGCCUUUAGCUUUAGCUGUAGCAACAGAAUGGGAUAUGCAGAAGGAAAUUGUUGAUAGAAGUAAUAUGCAUUUGACAGCUCUAUGUAAUACUAUAAUAGAUAAUCCUCACAAUCAUACAAAACAAGAUAUGGUAAAUUAUAUUGUAAAUUGUUUGGAAAUGGAUACAAUACUAUUUCAUUCAAAUGAAAAUGAUGAAUUAUAUAAAAUACAGACUGAAAAUUGGGAUCCAUUAGUACAAUGGUUUUGUGACAAUUAUGGAGUGAAUAUGAUAAAAACUCAAAGUAUAGAAAUUCCUAUAGUAUCUCUAGAAACUAAAGAAGUAUUAACAAAACAAUUAAUGUCUUAUAAUUAUAGUGCAGUUUAUGGUUUUAUGUAUGGAGUAGAUGCAAUUAAAUCUGUAAUUCUUACUUUAGCUGCAACAGAAAGAGUGAUUAGUAUAAAAGAAGCAGUAAAACAGUCACUUUUGGAAGAAAAUUAUCAAGUUUCUCAUUGGGGAUCAGUUGAAUGGUUUCAUAAUCAUAAUAAACAUGAUUUACAAGUUCGCUUAGCUGCAGCGAUCUUAUUUGUACAUUUGAACUCCUACCAUAUAUCAUGUCAACCAAAAAAACAAUAUUAAAGAUA